AUGGUUGCCUCUAUGUGGCGGAUCACUGGGCCAGUGAAUCGAGCUCUUAUUAAAGCUGGAUACGGCACAAAGAAGCACCCACAGUCUGCUCUUGAACAGGCAGUGGAGUCUAUGGGAGCUCACCUGAGUGCAUACACCUCUCGGGAACAUACUGCUUACUACAUGAAGACCCUUGCCAAGGACUUGCCUAAAGCGGUGGAGCUCUUGGCAGAAGUAGUGCAGAGCUCAUCUUUGAGUGAGGCUGAUAUAGAGCUGCAGAGGAGUGUGGUGCUAAGAGAGCUGGAAGAGGUGCAAGGUAGCUUGCAGGAUGUUUGCCUGGAUGUGCUCCAUGCUACUGCCUUCCAGGGUACUCCUCUGGGCCAUAGUGUUAUUGGUCCCUCUGCCAAUGCCAGGACACUAACUCGUAAUGAUUUAGUGGAAUACAUCAAUAGCCAUUAUAAAGCUCCUCGCAUGGUCCUGGCUACAGCUGGAGGAGUAAACCAUGAUGAGCUUGUAGGUCUGGCUAAGCAGCAUUUCAGUGGCGUUUCUUUUGAAUAUGAAGGUGAUGCUGUACCUGUUCUGUCCCCAUGCCGUUUCACUGGGAGUGAGAUUCGUAUGCGUGAUGAUGCAAUGCCCCUAGCACACAUUGCUAUUGCUGUAGAGGGAGCUGGAGUUGCAAGCCCUGAUAUUGUGCCACUUAUGGUUGCCAAUUCCAUCAUUGGUAGCUAUGACAUCACAUUUGGUGGUGGCAAGGUUAGUUUAUAACUUAGCUUAAAUUUUCAUUUCCUA